AUGCAAGGACAGAGGCGAGGCUGGACCCCGGCCGGGGGCUUCGGCAGUCGGAGGCUGCUCCCUGCGGUUCGGCCGGCCGGCAGCAGUGCACGGGCAGAUCCAGCCCUUUCCCGGGAGUUUCGGGGUGAUUUCAGAGUUGCGGGAUGUCCGUGCCGCCGCCGCUCUGUCCCACACCAUUGCCUUAGUGUUGGGCUGACCACCUGGUGCUUUUUCAUGGUGAUGGCGGAACGGGGGAGGACAAAGGGAGAGAUUGAAAAGCCCUUCCCAGAACCUUUCCACGGCCCCGGCUGGUGGUCCCGGUUGGAGGCGGUGGCUGACAAAACCAGGCGAAGUUUCCCGGGGUCGGGGCUACCGUACCCCCUGAGCGGGGCUGGGGGCGGCAAUGCUCCCCCGAGGGCUGGGGAGACGUCGGUGGGAUCUCCUAUUCCUUCUCCAGGUUCACUUCCACUUUCCAUUGCGGGUGCCCCGGAGCAGGGUGAGCAGCUGCCCCCGAGCAAGCGCCUCCCGUCGGGCCGAAGGGCAGCGGACAGCGGGGGCUGGCCUCUCGGCCCCAUGCGGGGACGGCAACUCCCGGCUCUGCAGCUCUGGCCACCCUCGGCAGCCCGGGGGUCCCGGGGGCAGCAGCAGGAGCGGCUCGCAGCCGGUGCAGAAGCAACAGUUCCCCGGCACGUCGAGGAAAGGGAAGAACCUGCUUUUCCCCCGGGCACGGCUUUCUUCGGGAUGGGGAGGGAGCCAGCGGAGGCACGGCUGGGCUGCCUUGCUCCGCAGCUCUUGCCGUGCGCGGGGGAGAGUGUUGGGGAACGGCUACGGGAGCAAGAAAAAACAGACCUCAAGGUGCAAGAAGUGAGGAAACAGUGGCUCUCCCUUCCCAGACAGCCUGUCCUUCCACGUCGGUGGAAAACUCCAAACCUCGGUGGAAAACUCCAAUACUCCAAGCACUAGUAAUUAUAAGAGGAACAAUAAUGACAACAAUGAUAAUGUGUUUCCGUAUAUUAAAGCAUAGAAAAUAAAUAUCCUCCUACA